GUGCACAGGAAAAUCAGAUAAAUUUUAAAACAUGGCGAUUGGUGUAGAUACGUCAAAAUGGAAACCUAGAAAAAUUGCUGGUACACCAGCCUCUAAAUUUCGAAAUAUACUUGGUGUUAGCAUAUUGAGUUUUGGAAUAAUUACGGGACUGAUUUUCCAUUUCACUCCAGUAACAUUCAAUUUGCGAAAAGCUAUAGAACCCUUAUACGAGGACCCAAUCGAAGAGGUAGAAAGACGCCUCAUGAUUGCCAGUGGUCUUCCAAAUCGUUCAGCAGCAACAAUACGAAAAUAUAUGGAAGAAAGCCAAAGACCAGACCAGCCAGGAAUAUAGAUUAUGAGUAUAGAUAAUAAUAGCGAAUGCAUCUGAAGCAAAUACUUUGUUCCCAAGCCUGAUAUGGAUGAGAGUCUUUCGGACUUUCAAGAAGCUAAACAAAGUUGUAAAGGGCCAAAACCAGUUACAAAACCCAGUAAACCUAAAACUAGGAAGGUAACUAAGCGCAUUAAAGGGCAGAAAGACAUAAGAACAGCUUUGAAAGGGAAGAAAAAUGAACUAGAGGCAUACACUAAAGAGUUUGAUAAUGUCUGUAAGAAGUCUGGUCUUGAUGUUGAUUCAGAGCAGUUGCAAUUAGCUAUAGCAUUAUCUAAAUCCCUACAGACAGAAGCUAAUGAAAAUGAGAACACAUCAACCUUGACUUCACAACAAAGAGUAGCAAACAUAAGGAAAACAUUACAAGAAUAUGGUUUUAAAGUGCCUGAGGCCAAAAUAACUGCUGUCAAAAAGGCUAGAAAGCUUAAAAAAAUAUAUAAACUCCUUACUAUGCCUGAAGAAGAAAAACAUCAAAUUAUAACUAGCAAGUAUACACAAGUACUCUUCGAGAACCUUGAUAAAUCUAUAAUAGAACAAAAUUGUGAAGAUUUGAAUGCCAGAGUUUUUCAUAUAGCAUCAAAUAUUUUAUAUGAAUGCAUGAAAGAUGAUAGUAUAUUCUAUGUAGACAGUUUAGUAGAAAGAUCAAAAAGUAAUGGUUCUUUACUAAGAGACUGGUCGGAGAUCCCAGGCAGACCAGUAAGUCCUAAGCCUGAAGCACCAAACACAAUGGAUUUUAAAGACAUUGAUUGUUCUCAGAAUGAGCUUGAUGUAAUUCUAAGUGGUUCUAUCAAAUCUGUCAAAGAUAUUUUAGAUUCUAAAUAUAGUAAACUUAAAAAUAAUGCACCUUGUAUUAUAAUCAAUGAUGAAGAUAAAUGUAAUAAUAAAAUGGAUUCAAGUAUUAUAAGCAUUGAUGAUAAUCAUGAAGUUGAAACAAUCAAUAAAUCACCAUUUGAAAAGGCUUUUGGUUUGCAAUCACCUAUCAAAAAGGUUGGUCCAAAAACUCCAGUGAAAAGGCUGUUUAAUGAUGAAUCAUGCGUAAGUGAUGUGAUUGAGAUAACAUCCCCUAAAGUUGAGAAUAAAGAUUGUAAAGUUCUAAAUAUUGAGAGUAAACUAAAAGUUACUGAGCCGUGCAGGAGUGUUUCACCAGAUAUUUUCGAUGAUGAACUAUCAUCUAUAAUAGAUGUUUCCAAACCUAUAAACAUUUUGUCGCAAGAACACAAAACCAAGGUAUUUUCGCAAGAUAAUUAUAUGGAUUUGACUCAAUGUGCUAAUGUUGUAUCUCAAAAUUCGGAGAAAAGUGCCCUUUUGUCUCAAGAUGUAACAAAGAGAAAGUCAAAUGAUUUUAUGGAAAUAACUGAAUGUGUUGUUGGUUCUUCACAACCUAUUAGAGAAGAACUGAAAGAGAUUGAUUUAACACAAAGUCCUGAAGCGAAUAACACAAUUAGGGGAGGCAAUAAUAGUAUUAAUGUAGACAAUAAUUUAGAUAAGGUAAGUGUAAAUAUUUCUAAUGAUGUAGAACAAGAAACUAGUGAUAGUGUCAGUCAAAAUAUUACAGAUGAACAAAAUGUAACAGUAGUUCCUAAUGAAAGAAUUAAUAUGGAUAAAGAAGACAAUGUAGAUUUGACUCAAAGUUCCAAUGAAGGAGAUGGAAACAUGGAAGUUAUAGAUGACAAUAAUGAGGCUCGAGGUAAAAAUGCCGGAGAAAGCAUAAAUUUAACACAAUCUUCUAACUCUGACGAUUUGGAUGGAUUACCUUCGGUAAAUUUUGGCGAUUCACAUGCUCAAACAUAUUUAGAUGAUACAAUAAUAGUUGAUCCUGUAGAUUACAUCUCAAAUGGUAAAGUAAAACAAUCUACGUUAUUGGGAAAUAGGGCACAAAGUCCUGUGUGUGAUUUAACUCAAGAACAGGAGGCUGAAAGUGAUUCCAAUCCUGUUUUGGCAAAGAAUAAUGAACCUUGCACCAGUUUUUAUGAAGACUUUGUUCAUGAACAUUCAGAAUCUGAUAUAAGUAAAGAAAUAGAACAAAAUGUUAGGAAUAAAGAUGACAGUAAUAAUGUUUUAAGGGAAGAAGAAACAGAUGAUAUUGAUUUAACUCAAAGUUCAGAUACAACCGAAGAAAUAUCGAACCAUAUUGAAAGUGACAAAAAUAUUUUUAAUAAUAGUAGUUUAGGAAAGAAUGGCGAUAUUUCUAUAGAUUACGAUGAAAUUGACACUGAAGAUAAUAGUUAUAACACUGUAAGCUUGAAAGAUAAUGAGAAAAAUGAUAGUAUGACUCAGAAAUCGGAAGACAAUCACAUACACAUCAUAGAUGAAAAUGAUGAAGCUUUAAAUACUAGUCAAAAUUCCGAAGUUUUUCAUAUAUCAGAUAAAGAAUUGGAUUAUUCCCUCCACAAAUCGAGAUUCGAACUUCCGAAAGACAAUUUUGAUUUUGGUGGCAUUUCUGUUUUGAACAAUAUCACUAGACUAGAUGGUACUAGAAAUUUAAGCGAAAUUGGUCAGAGAAUUUCUGUUGCCAAUGAAAAUGGUGUAGAUAGUCUUCCAGAAAUCAAAUUUGGAAACGAAAAUGAGAAAGGAAUUGACAAAACUGAAUUACAUGUGAAUAUGGAUAUUACCUCGGAAGAAUUUCAAGAUGUUUUAGCUAAUACCAAUGGAGUCAUUAAUGUUAAAACGCCUAAUAAGUCUGAAUAUGUUAUUAAAACUGGUGACGUAACACCUAUGGCGGAUUAUGCGUCCAUGUCGACACCAGAAAGGAAUAGAGAGUUGGAUAAAUAUGGGUUGAAGCCUUUUAAAAGAAAAAGAGCAAUAAAAAUUCUUACGCAUAUCUAUAAUCAAAUGCACCCCACAAUACAACAGCUAGUCGACGAGGACCAGCCAUCUUGUAAAAAACCAAGAUUGACAUUAACACAAGAUUCUUCACCGAAGAAAUUUGCGAAAUCGCCUACAAAGUCAAGCCAAAUCAUACCUAAAAAGUCUCCAUUGAAGAUCCUUAAUGGCAUAGCACACUGCUCACAUACAAACAGUGAUGAGAUAGAAAGAGAUAGAUGUAUACAAUCAGCUCCUACUUCGAAGGUUGAUGAAAAAAGUUCUGAAGUUUGUGAUUAUGAAGUGAGUAAUGAGUUUGCGAUUGUUAAAACAAUAGACUGCAAUCCUGAUGAUUGGGUGUUUCAGAAAAGGGAGAAAGCUAAGGUACAUUCAUGUCGAGUUCCCUUACACAUUGCAUUCCAUAACUACGUAUUGAGUCGACGCUCUCUAAGAGAGGCCAUACUCAAGUAUGAGCCCGUCAAUAUUGACGUCAUACACAAGGAUUUGGUCGGAUAUGGACAUCGGUAUGAUCCUAAGGAGCUGCUAAAGUUUCUCGACAAGAGGUGCAUAACAGUGAAAACUACGGACAACAAUGCCAGAAACAAUAGAAGGUAGCAGAGACAAUCAUGUAUAUAUUUUUUUUAUUAAAGUUAAAUAUUAUGUAUUAAGUUUGUAAUUUAUAAUUAUGUAUA